AUGUCGUCAAAAGUUGUCCUACCCUGGGUUGGUGACUACCGACCGAGCGCUACCGGCACAGCUGCAAUGCUUGACGAGAUGAUUCAUGGGCAAGAACAAGGAAGCUACAAAUGGUCCAGGAUACCCAUCAGUCGCUACAAGGAUUAUGUGGGUCUAGCUGUUGCUGCAAGCGCCUACCCAGAGUUACUGAGCGAUCGGGCGGUCGCCGAGCGGUCGCCGAGCGAUCGCUAUCGCUAUCGAUCGCUGGGGGUAUUUCCAAGAUUUGGAUCGCCCGAAGUCGAUCGCUGGAUUCUACUUCGCGAUCGCUAUCGAUGGAAUUCGGGCCUUCGGUCGGCGAUCGCUCGCCGAGAACCAUAG